CAAAGUCUUGGUAAGAGCCUGGUGGAGCCAAACAAUACCAAUACAGGCUGGGUGAACAUGAGCCAUAGCACCGUGGUGUUGGGUACAGAUGGAAUCGCAUCUGUUCGGCCUGGCAGCGUCACUGAGGAGGAAGAUGAAGGAGAUGAAAAUAAAGCCCGGGGCAAUUGGUCUAGCAAGAUGGACUUCAUCCUCUCCAUGGUGGGUUAUGCAGUAGGGCUGGGCAAUGUCUGGAGGUUCCCGUACCUGGCCUUUAAGAAUGGGGGAGGUGCAUUUCUUAUUCCCUAUUUGACAAUGUUGGCUCUGGCUGGAAUCCCUAUCUUUUUAUUGGAAGUUUCUCUGGGACAAUUUGCUAGUCAGGGACCUGUAUCUGUCUGGAAAGCCAUCCCUGCCUUACAAGGUUGUGGCAUUGCAAUGCUGAUUAUCUCUGUCCUAAUAGCCAUAUAUUAUAAUAUUAUAUUGUGCUAUACACUUUUCUACCUUUUUGCAUCCCUUUCACCUGUGUUACCUUGGGCUUCCUGUAAUAAUCCCUGGAAUACACCUGAUUGUAGAGAUAAAAACAAACUUUUGUUAGAUUCCUGUAUCAUUGGUGAUCAUCCCACGUUGCAAAUAAAAAACUCUACUUCCUGUAUGAGUGCCUAUCCAAACUUGACAAUGGUCAAUUAUACCAGCCAUGUCAGCAACAAGACUUUUGUCAGUGGCAGUGAAGAAUAUUUCAAGUACUUUGUGUUGAAGAUUUCUGCAGGAAUUGAAUAUCCUGGUGAAAUCAGGUGGCCUUUGGUACUGGCUCUCUUUCUAGCUUGGGCUAUUGUCUAUGCUUCCCUGGCUAAAGGAAUAAAAACAUCAGGAAAAGUGGUAUAUUUUACUGCUACAUUCCUAGUAGUGCUUAUCAUCUUACUUAUCAGAGGAGUUACCCUGCCAGGAGCUGGGGCUGGAAUGUGGUACUUUAUCACACCUAAAUGGGAGAAAUUAAUUGACGCUAUGGUAUGGAAAGAUGCUGCUACUCAGAUAUUCUUCUCUUUAUCUGCUGCAUGGGGUGGUCUGAUUACUCUGUCUUCCUAUAACAAAUUCCAUAACAAUCUAUACAGGGACACCUUGAUAGUAACUUGUACCAACAGUGCCACAAGUAUAUUUGCAGGCUUCGUCAUCUUUUCAGUGAUUGGAUUCAUGGCAAAUGAACUCAAAGUGGAUAUUGAAGAUGUUGCAGACCAAGGUCCUGGCAUUGCAUUUGUGGUAUAUCCUGAAGCCUUAACUAGGCUUCCACUUUCUCCAUUUUGGGCUAUAAUCUUCUUCUUGAUGCUUCUUACACUUGGAUUGGACACAAUGUUUGCCACUAUUGAAACCAUAGUGACAUCUGUUUCAGAUGAAUUUCCGAAGUAUUUACGAACCCACAAGCCACUGUUCACUCUUGGAUGCUGCAUUUCCUUUUUCAUCAUGGGUUUUCCUAUGAUCACUCAGGGUGGGAUGUACAUGUUGCAGCUUGUGGACACCUAUGCAGCAUCUUAUUCUCUUGUUAUAAUAGCCAUCUUUGAACUUGUUGGCAUUUCGUACAUUUAUGGCUUGGAACGAUUUUGUGAAGACAUUGAAAUGAUGAUUGGAUUCCAACCAAAUAGAUUCUGGAGAGUCUGUUGGGCUUUUGUGACCCCAACUAUUUUAACAUUCAUCCUUUCCUUCAGCUUCUACCAAUGGGAGCCAAUGACUUAUGCCACCUAUCAUUAUCCAGGCUGGUCAAUGGUACUAGGAUGGUUGAUGUUGGCUUGCUCUGUUAUUUGGAUUCCUAUUAUGUUUGUGAUAAAAAUGCAUCUAGCUCCUGGGAACUUCAUUGAGAGGCUCAAGUUGGUCUGCUCUCCACAGCCAGAUUGGGGGCCAUUUUUGGCUAAACAUCGUGGUGUGCGUUAUCAGAAUAUGAUAGACCCACUGGGAACGUCUUCCCUUGGACUUAAACUGCCACCAAAAGAUUUUGAAUUGGAAAUGCAAUCCUAG